AUGGAUACUAUUGUCUCUCAAAUUCAAACUCUCGCUCUCGAGGCUGGCCCAGCUGACAAGGCCAGGCUCCAGAGUGUCCUUCGCCAGGCCUUGUCCGAGUUGGAGAGUCCACAAGAUACUCUGAUUCAGCUAUACAAUGGACAUCUACGCAAUGCCGUUGUCCGUCUAGCUAUCAGCGCUGGCCUUUUCCGAUCGCUUUCCCAGAGCCAGGAUCCUUUAUCAGUCACCCAGCUGGCAAAACAGUCCAAUGCUAGCCCUCAGUUGUUUGAAAGAAUCCUCCGUUACCUGGCAUCGAACAAUAUAAUCGAAGAAGUCGGGCAUGGACAAUUCAAACCCAACAAGACAACUCAUAUCCUGGCAGACAAGAAGGCAGAAAUAUUUGCCAGCCAUUCCUUCGACUUCACCAGCCGCAUCGCCCAAGCAUUCCCACAAUUUAUUAUCGAAAACAACUACGAAGACGUAACUGACGGCACCAAAACGCCCUUCCAGAAGGCUUUCGAUACCGACCUCCAUUGCUUUACAUGGCUUGCCCAGCACCCAGAGCAAGUAGAAGAAAUGCAACAGGUGAUGAAAUCAUUCCGCUCAGGCGAUUGGAUUCAAGGAUUCGAUGAGCUCGAGAAGGAAGCACUUGACGCACAACAGGAUUCAGAAAGUGUAUUCCUUGUGGACGUUGGUGGCGGUUCAGGCCAUCAGUGUAUCGAGGUGAGAGACAGGUAUCCGGGACUCCAUGGACGACUUGUAGUCCAGGACCUCCCAGAGGUCGUCAAGGAAGUUCCCGAGAUCCCUGGGGUGAAGAUAGAAGCAAAUGACAUGUUCCAGGAACAAAAGGUCAAAGGAGCCAAAUUCUACUAUCUCCGCCGCGUCUUCCACGACUGGCCCGAUGCCCAAUGUAUCCAGAUCCUGCAGAACCUGCGGUCUUCUAUGGCUAGUGACUCGCGGGUUCUCAUUGAUGAAGUGGUCUUGCCAGAGACCAGUGUCCCUUGGCAGUCCGCUAUGGCUGAUCUGGCGAUGAUGAUCUUGCUGGGUGGGAGGGAGCGAACCCAGAAGCAGUGGGCAGCACUUGCUGAGCAGGCAGGACUGCGGAUUGCGUAUGUCCAUGCGUAUAAUGAUCCUGUGACUUUUCAUUCUGUGAUUGUGCUUGAGUUGGACCAUGUCUAG